AUGGCAUCGGCUGUGCCUUAUGAUCCGUAUGAUGAUCUGGAUAAUAAUCCAUUUGCUGAACCGCAGGAAGAUUCUGAACCAAUUGCAACAAACACAGAUGGAUCUUCUUCUAUGGUAAAAGAGCAAAUAAAUGCCGAGGAAGCCAUCGGUUCUGAUCAAGCUAUCAGUACGGUAAAUAGUGCUCAAAACGAAAAUGCAACACAGUCAAAAACAUCAAGUGAGCAGAGUGGAAAUAAACAGUUAGCUCAACCUCUAGAACGUGAUGUGCUUCCUGAAAGAAGCGAUGAAAAAAAGAAGUAUAGUUUACUUGUUAAAGUAGUAGGAUUGGAACGAUUUGGAUCUACAGCAGGCAAAAAAGAAAAUCCAACUAUUGUAUUUGACUGCUCAACAAAUCUGCCUACAUUUCGCAAACAACAGUACAAGAAUGUAAAGAAAUCAUAUGAAGAAUUUAACCAGUUGUUUAAGUAUCUAAAUGCCGCUAUUCAAGAAUCUUUUGUUCCUACUCUUCCCCCUGCCUUUACAACAUUCGGAAUUAAUAGCGAAGAGGAUAGGAUAAAAGUUACACGAAAUUUUCAACUUUGGUUCAACAGGGUUUCACGAGACCCUCUGAUUAUUCGAAAUGAAGAAGUGGCUUUUUUCAUCGAGAGCGAUUUUAAUACAUACACUCCCAUCAGCAAGUCCAAAUUACUUGCGUCGGGGUUGAAAAGAAAAACUUUGAAGCAACUGGCAAUUCCUUAUGACGAAGUUACAGAACUGGCAGAAUUUCGGCCAUUAGUCAAGUCUAUAUAUGUUGUUUCUCAGAAUUUGCAAGAAAAGCUGCUAAAGGUUUCGAGAAACCGUAGAAUGAUGGUUCAAGAAGAAAACGCAUUUGGUCAGGACUUCGUUAAUCUAGAUGAUCACAAUAAACUAUACAAAAGAUACGGGAAAAUUUUGACUGCUGUGGGAGACAUUGACAGCAUUAUAGCCACCAUGGAUAUGGCGACAUUAUACGAUGGUUUAGAAUGGGUUAUUAGAGAUACUUAUGUCGUGAAGGAAGCAUUGACUAACAGACAUUUUAUCAUGCGAAACCUAAUUCAAGCACAACAGAACUCCAAGGCAAAACAGGAACAAGCACGCAGGUUCAGAUCGAGAAGGGAUAUCAAUCCUAUGAAAAUCGAUGAAGCAUUACGUCAGUUGAAAACCGCUACCAAGAGCGAACAAGUUUUGACUUUAAAGCUUCAGCGAAUUACACUUAACAUGGUUAUUGAGAGAAAGCAGUGGCUUACUUGGUAUGAAGAAUGGAUAAGAAAUUCAAUCAAAGAAUUCACAUUAAGAAAAAUAGAAUACGAAAGGAAGAAGCUAACGUUGUUAGAACGAGUUCGCUCUGAUAUUAGAAAGGCUGACGAAAACGGUGGCUUAUCGCGUCUGGGUCGCCACGCCGUCUCAGUCAGCAACACCGAUACUUCUCAAACUGUCAAGGGUGAUAGUUGGACCGGAGAAAAUAACCGCAAAAGUCAAAUUCCAAUCAACAAGAUUACUCACACUGAAUUUGACGACGAACUGUUCACUGAAGACGAUGGGUGCACCUCCCAAGAUUCUGAUACUACCUCGCUGAAUGCUCGCCAUGCUGCUUCCCUUUUGGGUAUGUCUACGAAAUAG